GACAUUGGUGUGGAGAUUACUGAAUCAAUCACCUACACCAUCACUACUGCCCAGAAGAACCCUUCCCAGGCUGAAGAUUCAGACUUUGGCACAUCGGCGCAAGUGACAGUGGACCCUCCUGGUCCAUCAGCCUGCAUCGACUUCACUGAUCUGGUGCUGGAUGACAACGUUGCUCUUGAAGGAGACGAGGCCUUCACUAUCCUUGUUGGAGACUCGAUGGCCAUGGUCACUAUCAUUGAUGACGAUGUGCCCAUCAUAACGUCGGGCGACAAAACAGUUAGAGAGAGUGUGGGAACGACAGACGUUUGUGUGUCUCUCUUGAAUCCAAUUGAAAUGGUAUUCGACAUCUCCUAUGCCACCGCUGAUGGAUCCGCUCAAGUUCCAAGUGAUUACACUGCCGCAAGUGGGACACUGUCAUUGUCCCCAAGUUCCGAUGGAACAGAGUGUGCCGAGAUCACCAUCACGGAUGAUGAUGAACUUGAGCCAAGAGAAAGUUUCAGCAUAUUAUUCACUCCCAAUGUACCUGGAAGCCAGCCUUCAACCUCCACUGUCAACAUUGAAGACGAUGAUCAAAUAGGUAGACACAGUGGUUGCUCGGGCUCUGUCAACGGCGAGACUAUCACCUCGCUCUACCAACAGGACAGCGUCAGUAUUAGGCCCUAUCCCAAGCGCUGGCGAGUGUCUCUCCCAAACUGCGGCUCAUCGCAAGUCGUGAUAUGGAUCUUCUGCGAGGACCCUCCCGAAAUGCUCCGAUUGCACAUUGCAAGAGGAAACAACUUGUCCCCCACCUCCCAUGGACUACUUGCUCAAUUCUGGAACAUUCCAAUCGAAGUUGUUGACCAAGGUGGGGAUCGAGCAUAUCUAGAGCUCUUUGACCCAAUUCAAGUUGAAAAGUACCGUCGGAUCGAUGCGGUGGUUUCUCCACGUACCUGGAACAUGAAGAACGGUCCUUGUUACUACGUGGGAAACUCCCAGGGUGGACCGUCGCAGUCAAACGACCAAACUGAAUCAGUUAUUGAGGGAAAAGUGGGACAGUACGAGACGGACACACUUUUCUCGACAUCGUUUGUCUACUCUCAGUUCGAUGAGUCCAUAUGUACAUAGACACUGUAACUAACAGACAUCUCUAGUAGUGGACUUCUUCAUUAGAGCACAUUAGAGCACAUAUACUUAUGAAAAAUGGUUUUAGCUUUGUAGUUGUCAGAAUUCCUUUGAAUAGCAUUAUUUUUGUCCGGAACAGUUGGUGCACAAAACUGCUACAGUACUACUCAGAGUAAUGGGAAAUUCAGCAGAACAAUGGCCAGGUG